AAAUUAUUAUUAUUAUUAUUUUCAUUACACAUACUCAUUAGGAAAUGGCAUUCCUGUAAUUAUGAAACUUCCGGGGUCCUAUAUCGCAAACGAGAAUAUUUGACCAACGGUUUACUCAAUUCCUUUACUCACGCAGCUGAAUCCGCUUCGCUUUUCGCUUUCCCAUACCACUUAACUGUGUUUCCUCUUUCUCUGCAAAAGCAAAGCACCACCAUCACCGAGUCACGCUUUCAGAGUCAUGAACUCGCUCUUCCCUUUUCCGUAGCUAUACCAACCCUGCGCUAAUAUUCAUUCAUUAACCAUGUAUCCCCGUUUUGCCCCUCCUUUCCCUCUCUAUUUCUCAAUCUCUGCCACUGAAUCAAAACCCCUAAUUGGAGCCAACCACACUUCAGCUAGAUUCUGUUCUCGAUAGGGGAAAAGAAAAAGUUCCUCCAAACUCCAAUUUUUUUCUUUAUUUUUGGAAAUUUACCAUUUUUUUGAAAUAUUUUUUCUGUGAAGGAAAAGGGUAAGUGCACAGUCGUUACAAUGGAAACUGCCGCAGGCAAGCCUGGCGCUUUCCGGAACCUUCUUAUACGGUUUCUUCUAUUUGGCGUUUUCAUCAUCGGCGCUCGUUUUGCUUACGUCAUUUCCAUAGCCGGCGAGUCCUGUAACAUCGGCGACUUCUGCUUCUUCUCCCUGCCGGAGUCUCUCAGCCUCGUGAUCGCCAGCUCCGGUCCCCUCGCCGUGGAGUCUGUUUCCGGCCGUGGUUCUUCGCAGCCGGAGCUUUACACCAGCAAGGACUGGAUCAACGGCGUUCGUUUCUACUCGUCUGUGUUCCAGGACCUGGUUACCGGAGGUUACCUCACGCCGGAGUCGAAGUCGCUGUGCGUGGAGACGCCGACCGGACGCGACGUCUUCGCGCUGAGGGAGAUCGGCGUUCGAGAUGCCAUCGGAAUAUCGAGGAAAGCGGCGAAGCCGCUGGUGAAGUCCGGCCGAGGUGACCGGAUUCCGUUCUCCGAUGGCACCUUCGAUUUUGUGUUCUCCGGCGAUGGAAGCUUCGAGAAGUCGGCGAAGCCGGCGGAGUUCGCGGCUGAGAUUAGCCGUACGCUGAAACCGGGAGGGUUCGCGGUGUUCCAUUUUGCAAACCCUAGAGAUACGUAUAGUUUAAAUUCAUUCCUUGAUUUGUUCAAUUGUUUCAGAGUAACGAAGUUGCAUGGCUUAGAAGGGUUUGAUCCUUUGAUGCCUUAUAUACGUGAAAUUGUUUUGAAAAAAGAGUGUGGUGAUGGUGCUGGUAAAUAUGAUGGUGAUUAUUCAAAUGGAAAGUGUUAUGUUCCUGGUUAUAAGCAUGAUUUGGUUAAGAAUGCCGAGUCUUUGAUUGAAGAGGAGCCAUUGAAGCCAUGGAUUACUUUGAAAAGGAAUGUAAAGAAUAUAAAGUACCUUCCUUCGAUGGUAGAUAUAAGCUUUAAGAAUAGGUAUUUGUAUGUUGAUGUUGGAGCUAGAAGCUAUGGCUCUAGCAUUGGGUCUUGGUUUAGGAAACAGUAUCCUAAGCAGAACAAGACAUUUCAUGUUUAUGCAAUUGAAGCUGAUAAGACUUUUCAUCAGGAAUAUGGGCUGAAGAAGGGGAUUACUUUGGUUCCUUAUGCUGCAUGGGUGAAGAAUGAGACCUUGACGUUUGAGAUUCAUCGUGAUCCUGGGGAGCAGGUUGAGGUUAAAGGCAGGGGGAUGGGUAGGAUUCGACCUUUGAAAUCGUCGGGUGUUGGGGAGUUUGAUGGUGAAGUGGAGAAGAUACGGGGAUUUGAUUUUGCUGACUGGUUGAAGAACACGGUUUCGAAGAAUGAUUUUGUUGUGAUGAAGAUGGAUGUGGAGGGUACUGAAUUUGAACUGAUUCCGAGAUUGUUUAAAACUGGGGCUAUAUGCUUGGUAGAUGAGAUUUUUCUUGAAUGCCAUUACAAUAGGUGGCAGAGAUGUUGCCCCGGGCAGAGGAGUUCGAAGUAUGAGAAAACAUAUGAUCAAUGCUUGGAGCUCUUCAAUUCUCUUAGACAAAGUGGUGUUCUUGUUCAUCAAUGGUGGUAAUUGCCCGAUAGGUGAAAGCAUCAACUUCUUCUGUAACAUUAUUGUUUUCCUUUAACCUUCUAUAUGUUUCUUCUUCAAAGCUUUUUUCACCCCAGACCACAGAGAAGAUUGCUGUGUUUCAAAUUUCUUUCCAUGUAACACUUGCAAUUGAAAAUGAAAUCAUUUAAAUCAUUGACAUUUAUAUAAUGGGUAACUGGAUUCUGGAAUAUCUUAUUUUAUCUCUGAAAAAAAUUUAAUUGGUCUAUUUUGUCAGUACUUUUAAAUUAUAAAUUGGUUUCACUGUAAAUGGAAAUUAAAGGCGGG